AUGGGCCAUCCGCCGCGGUCGGGCUCGACCGCCGACGGGUCAAAGGUAGAGGCGACCUGGACGAGGCGCAUUUUGUAUACCGAGGCGGUGCCCGGUGCCGAGCGCAGGCAGAGCCCACAGGCGUGGUCCAUCAACGCUCGAGAGCUACUCGGCAUCCUCCGAGUCGUGCAGUUCUACGGCGAGCAGCUUCAGGGCAGCGCGGUGCUUGUCGAGGGCGACAAUACCGCCGCCAUCGGCGCCGCGCAGAACCAGGCGUCGACGGCGGUGUCGAUGCAGGAGACGCUGCGCCGGCUGCUCGAGACGGCGGAGAGGUGGGACAUCGAGCUCCGCUUCGUCCACACGCCGGGCGUGCUCCUCCACCGGCCCGACCAAACCUCGAGAGGCGAUCCCAUCGAGGAGCCGCGGGUACGGCUAGCGGCGGCGGAGUUCGCCGCCAUCGAGCGCCUGACGGGACGUUUCACCGAGUUCGUGGGCGCCGAGAGGCGACACGCCGCCGCCGAGGUCGGGACGCACCAAAGGCAAAACAUAGAGACUGAGCUGCCCGAAACAUAA